AUGUCACUCCAAAUACGCCGCCUUCAUCCCGGGACGCCUCUUUCAGCAUUGUCAAGCGCCGUCGGAGCCCAUCCACGCUGCUCCCAUCUACGGGGACCAUACACACCAUGCGCCCGCCCGGUACCUUACAGGCGGCGUACCAGCGCAGGUAUAAGGGGGGGCCGCCGCUUGCACACGACUACACGGACUGUGUUUCCUGCUAUUUUCGUAGCGGGACAACGGCGAAGUGCAUCGGCUGUGGCCGCGGCAGCUGUAGAGAAUGCCAAUCCAGAGGAUAUUGGUCCGAUACAAGAGUAUGACCGCCGAGUUGACAGUGGAGUUUUGCGAAACGAUGAGCACCAAAGAGGUAUUAUACAGAGCCUACAGCAUCUCCAUGAGGAGUUACGGCAUUACAACGCACCACCCGUCGAGCGCCCGACCCCCGAGUCUCUAAAGCCGAACAAAUCCUUGUUCUCGUGGUUCGGCGGCGGCAGCAAGUCAUCGGCCAGUGCAAUCCCCCCCAGCCUCCCUCGGGGCCUUUACCUGUUCGGCGAUGUGGGCUGCGGCAAGACGAUGUUGAUGGAUCUCUUUUACGAUACGCUACCCUCCAACGUACGCUCGAAGACACGAAUCCACUUCCAUAACUUCAUGCAGAGCGUCCACCAGCGCCUACACAAGAUGAAGCUUCAGUAUGGUAGUGAUAUGGACUGCGUGCCAUUUGUGGCGGCCGAGAUCGCCGAGCAGGGCAAUGUGCUGUGCUUUGACGAGUUUCAGUGCACUGAUGUAGCCGACGCGAUGAUCCUACGUCGACUACUCGAAUCACUCAUGUCUCAUGGUGUUGUUCUCGUGACGACAUCCAACCGCCAUCCCGAUGAGCUAUACAAGAACGGCAUCCAACGUGAGUCCUUCAUCCCAGCGAUUGAGCUCCUCAAGAGUAGGCUGCACGUCAUCAACCUCGACUCGACAACCGACUACCGCAAGAUCCCACGCCCGCCCUCUGGCGUCUACCACACACCUCUCGACGCCCACGCCGCCUCCCACGCCGAGAAAUGGUUUCGCUUCCUAGGUGAUCCAGACUCGCCCGAACCCCACUCGGAGACUCAGCGAGUCUGGGGUCGGGAGAUUGUCGUGCCCCGUGUCAGCGGCCGAUGCGCAUGGUUCACCUUUGACGAGCUGAUCGGCCGGCCGACUAGCGCAGCGGACUACCUGGAGUUGAUGCGAUCGUACGAUGCAUUUGUGGUAACCGAUAUCCCGGGCAUGACUUUUCGCCAGCGCGAUUUGGCUCGGCGGUUCAUCACCUUUAUCGACGCUGUGUACGAGUCACAUGCGAAACUGGUCCUCACGACGGCGGUGCCAUUGCGCGAGCUGUUUGUUUCCCGCUCUGAGAUGCGCGAGUCACUCCUGGCGGCAAAGAAGAAGGAGAAGAAACAACAGGGCGACUCAUCGCAAAAGACUAACGACCAGCCCUCCGAAGAAGACGAAGACUCCAUUGACGACGCCCUCGAUCAUAUGACGGACGACCUCGAGCAUAACGCAGAGCAGCUGGCAAGGUCGAACCUUUUUGCCGGCGACGAAGAAGCCUUUGCCUUUGCGCGCGCACUUUCUCGGCUCAGUCACAUGGGAAGCAAGGAGUGGGUAGAGCGCGGGAUGGGGUUGGAGAGUCAGGGUGGUAAGAAAGAACAUGAUGACUGGGCCAAGACAAGGAGCCGACAGAUGGAGGAUAGCAUGUAG